AUCAAUUUAUUAUUUUUAUUUUCAUUUAAUUUAAAAUAUUUUUGUUAAUUUAAAUAUUUUUUUUGUGGGCUAUCCUAAUGUUGUUUAAUUUUGUCUUAUUUACCAAAUUGUUAAUGAUACUUAUUGUAAGAUCAUUGUUGUUGUUUAGUUCAUUUGUCCGUUAGGAUUUUUUUUAUAUUGUUUUGCAUUCCUUUCUGUUCUCAUUUGUUUACGAACUAAACGCAUUCUUUGUCCCUAUAUUCUACUGCAGUAGUUUCGUUCAGUUUAUUUAUUUGGAAAUAAACUGUUGUAAAAAUACAUAGACAAAAGAAUUUGUAGGCUCAGUAUUAACUGACAUUAAUAUUAAAGUUUAGUUUGUUGGGGAUAAAGACUGCGAAAUAAACGGUUGCUCAAAUAUAUGCAUCAUUAAUUUCACAUUUGUGGUUCAUUUAUUUGGGACUUGUUAAAUUCGCUGUCCUCAACAUAAAGGCUCAGGUCGCAGCCAGCGACAAAUUUUAUUUCGCAUUCCUUGGUGCGGUUGUGUUCCAUGUCUGCCGGAACAACGAAAUUUAUUUGAAAUCUUGAGCGAAGGUGUUCCAAGGUGCCUGAACAAGAUAAGCCUUUUUUUUGAUUUGUGGUUCUAAGCUGCCGGAACAAAUAAAAUAUUUUGGAUUUUUGAUUUGUGGUUCCAAGCUGCCGGAACAAAUUGAAAUAAUUGUGAAGUGGUUCUAUAUUUGCUGGAACAAAGUGUUUAAAAUAAUUGUGUGCAUUUUUGUGCUUCCUUAUAUGACGGAACGAGUAAAACUUUUAUUAAGCUGAAUUUGUGUGAAGUUAUUUGCUGUCCUGCCGGAACAAAUUUAUUUUUUGUGAAAUAUUUGGAGUGUGUUGCUGUUUAUUAUUUGUGAUUUGUGUGCCCUUUGAAAACGUUUGAGAUUCGUAAUGCAACGGUCGCCAGCUAGAAAAAGCACUCGUUUGCAGACGGCAACGAGCCAAAAUGUGAAAAGUUCCACGCCUGCCGGAACUGAAAGUUUAGCAAAUGUGUCUCAAAUGCCGUCGGUACAAAAUGUCAAUUCUGUCGCCCCCGGAACAACAACAGCAACUAGUGCCUCCAUAAGUGCCCCUAGAGAACCGACACCUGCCAUAUCAACGCAUAACAUUUUUAGUUCAUCAAUUGAAGAGCCCUUAAGUCUGCCGCCGUUGGUGCCCGGUCCUAAUGCGAGAACCCAGCCACCACAAGCUAUAUCGUCUGAUAAUGAGAACCUGCAACGACAAAUUGAUAUCCUGCAAGCCCAGUUGGCAAACGCUCAACGUGCUUUAAGAGCAAAUCAAAAUUUAAAUAUGCCAAGUGUUAUUGGACAAAAUGCGCCAGUAAUUCAAAGUAUGAGCAGUGGCCCUGAAGACAUGGUUGAUCGUCGGAAUCCAACGCCAUAUUCCUAUGGUAGUCAGUCAGACCAGUUGAUGACAUCUCAGCCUCUUUUUGUUUCCCCUGCUACAGUGUCCAUGCCAGUACAACGCAAACUUUAUGAUCUGCCUGAAUUUUGUGGUACUGCCGAGGACUGGCCAAUGUUUUUGUCUGCCCUUGAACAUUCGACAGCCGCAUAUUCGUACAAUAAUUUUGAAAAUUGUUUGAGAUUGCAGAAGGCUUUGAAAGGUGAAGCCAGAGAGUGUGUGAAGUCGUUGCUCAUCCACCCAAAUAAUGUGCCAACAGUUAUAGAGCAAUUAAAGCUACAAUAUGGUCGCCCAGAGUUGCUUAUUCGAUGCCAGUUGCAACAGAUGAAGGAAGUUCAGCCCAUAGCAGAAAACGCGAUCGAUAAAUUGGUGCCAUAUUCCAUUAAGGUCAGAAAUUUAGCAGCAUUUUUGGAAUCUGCCAAUGGUCAUCAACAUUUGUCGAAUCCAACUCUGAUGGAGGAGUUAGUCCAGAAGCUUCCAAUGAGUAAACGUUUGGAUUGGGCCCAGUUUGCUUCAACUUUACCUCAGUUGCCGACUAUUUCGGAUUUUAGUACCUGGCUCCAGCGUGUUGCAAAUUUGGUAAGAAGUGUGCAAAUAAGUAGUUCAAGUGGCGGUAGAUCUAGCAGUGAUCCAAAAAGAAAAGUGGUUUUAUAUGCUUCUGAUGGCCCAGAACGGCAGUUAAAAUGUUUUUAUUGUGUUGGUCCACAUAAAAUUUUUAAUUGUAAGAAAUUUAUAGAAUUGAGUGUGCCUAAUAGAUGGAGUGAAGUGAAGAGAUUGAAGUUGUGUUUUUCGUGUCUCAGUGGUGGCCAUUCAUGUAAAGACUGUCGUCGGCGCAAGCAGUGUCCCAUGGAAAAGUGCCAAAGAAAUCACAAUAAAUUAUUGCAUGAAACUAAACCUAAUGAACCAAGCGAACGAUCCGUAAAUGUGCAGCCAACAGAGAGAUCUUCAACAGUCGAGCCAGUGCUUAGUUGUGUUUCCAGAGCUAGUGAAAAAAGUGAUUUGUUGUUCAGAGUGCUCCCAGUGGUUCUUUAUGGACCAAAUUGUUCUAUUGAAACUUAUGCACUCCUAGAUGAAGGUUCUUCGGUGACAAUGAUGGAUAGCUCUUUAGUGAGGCAGCUUGGACUGCAAGGUCGACAAAGUCAAUUGAAUUUGAGUUGGUAUGGUGGUAAAUCAGCACAAGAAGCUGUCAUGGUGGUGGAUCUUCAUGUGAGCGGUGUUAAUAAGAAGAGGAAAUACGCAUUGAAAAAUGUGUAUGGUGUCUCGAAUUUGAAGUUGCCUAGUCAGAGCUUUAAUGCGGAUUUAGUAAAGAAUUGUGGUGUUCCUUUAUGCUCCUAUGAAUGUGUGGCUCCAAAGGUACUGAUUGGUUUAGAUCAUUGCCAUUUAGGAUUGCCCGAUGAAAUAGUCCCUUUGGAAGAUGCUGGUCCAUAUGCUGCCAAUACGCCUCUUGGAUGGGUUGUUUUUGGAAACGUGAAAAUAGGUCGCCCUGGAACACAAACUUGUUUGCUGACAACACAGUUGGAUAAUUUGAAUAAUUUGGUGGCAAGUUAUUUUGAAACAGAAAAUUUUGGUGUUAAGGCUCUACCGGUGAUUGAGUCAAGAGAUGAUUUGCGUGCACGAGAGAUAUUGAGAAAUUCGACGAAGAGGGUUGCCGGAAGAUUUGAAUCCAGACUACUAUGGUGUAAUGAUGACGUAGUCCUGCCGGAUAGCUAUUCCAUGGCACUUAAUCGAUUUUUUGGAUUGGAAAGGAAAAUGAAAAAUAAUGCGGAUUUUGGUGUGGCCUAUAAGAAAAUAAUAAGUGAAUAUUUGAAAAAAAAUUAUGUACGCAAAUUAUCAUUGAGUGAAGUUGAUACAUUUCAUCCGAGAACGUGGUACUUGCCCCACUUUGGUGUCGUUAACCCUAAUAAGCCAGGGAAAAUUCGUUUGGUGUUUGAUGCGGCAGCAAAGGUGGAAGGUGUCUCAUUGAAUUCAAAGUUAUUGAAAGGCCCUCAGCAGUACAAACCGUUGCCAUCCGUUUUGUUUAAUUUCAGAGUCGGUUCCGUAGCUGUAUGCGGAGAUAUAAAGGAAAUGUUUCAUCAAGUUGUUGUUGCUGAAGAAGACAGGUGUUCGCAGAGGUUCUUGUGGCGAGAUAAUGAAAGUGGUCCACCGGAAGUGUAUGAGAUGCUUGUGAUGACGUUUGGAGCUGCCUGUUCACCCUGUAUUGUCCAUUAUGUGAAGGAAGCAAAUGCAAUGGAGUAUCGGGAUCGUUUCCCUAGAGCCGUGAAGUCAAUUCUGGAUCAUCAUUAUGUAGAUGACUUUGUAGACAGUUUUGUUAAUCCGUCAAAAGCCAUUGAAAUUGCCGUACAAGUUCGUGAAAUACAUAAAGCUGCUGGGUUUGAAAUGCGUAAUUUUACAUCGAAUUCAUCAGAGGUGGUUGUGGCUCUCGAAGGCAGUUUAAAUCAUCAGGUCAGUUUCUUAGGUGGCUUAAAGGAGUUGGACGGUUCAACUGAAAAGGUUCUUGGCAUGCUUUGGGAUCCAAAGGAUGACGCGUUCAAAUUUGUUUUGAAAUUCCAUCGUGUGAAUUCGGACGUGAUCAAUGGUAAAAGUUGUCCCACAAAGCGUGAGUUGUUAUGUGUCGUAAUGUCCAUUUUUGAUCCAAUUGGUUUUUUGUGCCAUUUUAUGAUAACUGCCAAACUUUUGAUGAGAGAAGUCUGGAGACAUAGAGUACUUUGGGACGAGAUGUUGCCCGUGUCAUUACAAGCGAUGUGGAAUAAUUGGCGCCAAGAGCUAAGAAAUGUUGUCCAUGUAAAGGUUCCACGAUGGUAUUUUGGAAAUGGUUUGCCCUUGGAGUUAGAGCUGCAUGUUUUUGUUGAUGCCAGUGAAGAUGCCUUCGGUGCAGUGGCCUAUUGGAGAUAUACAACAUCUGAUGGACAAAUAGGAGUGUCGUUUAUAUCUGCCAAGUCGAAAUGUGCCCCAUUGAAAUGUAUGACCAUUCCCAGAUUAGAACUACAAGCCGCCGUUUUGGGGACCCGAUUGAUGGACACUAUAAUUAAGGAACACGAUCUCAAUGUUUCUCGUCGAAUCUGUUGGAGUGACUCUACAACUGUCAUUAGCUGGAUUGGUUCUGAAAGUAGGAGAUAUAAACCAUUUGUUGCCCAUCGAAUUGCCGAAAUACUUGAUUCGACACGCCCAACUGAUUGGAGAUGGUUGCCUACGGAUCUAAAUGUUGCCGAUGACAUUACAAGAGCUAAAAAUGAAGUUGAUUUUGCCAUUGAAACACGUUGGUUCCAAGGGCCACAAUUUUUGUAUGAAAACGAAGCUGAUUGGCCGAAUAAGAAUUCUGAGAAAUCUGAUGAUUUGUGUGAAGAAGAACUACGCCCCAAAUUUGUCAUGCUGGUUAGUACAAAUUUAGUUAUUGAUUUUAAUCGUUUUUCUUCAUUUCUCAGGCUUAAACGUACUAUGGCUUGGGUUCUGAGAUUUAUUAAUCGUUGCCGAAAAGAUGAUAAAUAUAAUGGUUCGAGAUGCCUAUCUGCUGAAGAGUUAAGGGUUGCUGAAACUAGUCUGUGUCGUCUGUCGCAAGAAGAGUGUUUCGCCCUUGAAAUAAACAUUUUAAAAUCUGGUGGUUCUUUAAAAAAGGAAACCGAGUUAUUUUCGCUUUCGCCUUAUUUUGAUGAAAAUAAUUUACUUCGAGUGAGCGGACGUAUUGAUGCUGCGAGUUGGUUGCCUUUAGAUGCUAGGCACCCCAUUAUUUUGUCGCCCUGUCACCGCUUUGCACAACUAUUUGUUGCCCAUGUGCAUAAUAACAUGAGACAUCAAAAUCUUGAGGCUACCAUAGGCGAAAUAAGGAAAAGGUUCUGGAUUCCACGACUACGAAAGCUGUUGAGUAAGACCACAUCAAAUUGCAACAUUUGUAAGAUUCGACGUGCCGUUCCAGUGGCUCCUUUUAUGGGAUCAUUGCCAAGUGAUAGACUAACUCCAUACGUCCGUCCAUUUACUUAUACUGGUGUGGACUAUUUUGGCCCAAUAAACGUGACUGUUGGUAGACGUCAUGAAAAACGUUGGGUUGCCCUGUUUACGUGCCUCACAAUCAGAGCAGUACAUUUAGAAGUGGCUUAUGAUCUUUCGACUGAUGCGUGUAUUUUGUGUAUACGGAAUUUUAUAAAUCGUCGUGGUACCCCGUUGAAGAUUCGUAGCGACAACGGAAAGAAUUUUGUUGGAGUUAACCAAGAAGCCCAGCGAUUUGAUGAAGUUUUUGAUCUUGUUAAAAUUGAAGAUGAGUUGUCCACAAAGGGCAUUGAAUGGCAGUUUAAUUGUCCACAUAAUCCUGCAGAAGGUGGUGUAUGGGAGCGAAUGGUUCAAUGUGUUAAAAAGGUUUUAAGAGUAACUCUUAAAGAAAUCGCCCCAAAAGAGCACACAUUGCAAAGUUUUUUAAUUGAAGCCGAAAACAUCGUAAACUCUCGCCCAUUGACUCACUUGCCUGUCAGCCCUGAAGACGAAGAACCAUUGACGCCAAAUCAUUUCUUGUUGGGAUCUACAAAUACAGCUCAAACACCAGAAGGUAUUGAAAUAACAAAGCCAGUGGUACUGAAAAAGCAGUGGCGAAUUGCUAGACAGCUACGAGAUCAUUUCUGGAAAAGAUGGAUUAUUGAAUAUUUGCCCACACUUACAAGACGGUCCAAAUGGUGUGAAUAUACCAAGCCUGUGGCUCCGGGUGAUCUUGUACUAAUUUGUGAUCCAGCUGUUUCCCGUCGAGAUUGGAAGAGAGGUCGUGUUAUAAAUGUGUUCCCUGGCAGUGAUGGUGUAAUACGGAGAGCUGAUGUCCAAACAAGUAGUGGAAUACUUAAACGCCCGGUUUCCAAACUAGCAGUCCUUGAUUUGGAUGGUGAAUCGUUGCCGAUCCACGGUGGUGGGAAUGUCGCUUGAUGGCUCAUCAAUUUAUUAUUUUUAUUUUCAUUUAAUUUAAAAUAUUUUUGUUAAUUUAAAUAUUUUUUUUGUGGGCUAUCCUAAUGUUGUUUAAUUUUGUCUUAUUUACCAAAUUGUUAAUGAUACUUAUUGUAAGAUCAUUGUUGUUGUUUAGUUCAUUUGUCCGUUAGGAUUUUUUUUAUAUUGUUUUGCAUUCCUUUCUGUUCUCAUUUGUUUACGAACUAAACGCAUUCUUUGUCCCUAUAUUCUACUGCAGUAGUUUCGUUCAGUUUAUUUAUUUGGAAAUAAACUGUUGUAAAAAUACAUAGACAAAAGAAUUUGUAGGCUCAGUAUUAACUGACAUUAAUAUUAAAGUUUAGUUUGUUGGGGAUAAAGACUGCGGUAAGUCGCUUAAAUUAUUUAUAAGUUUCUUUUGUAAUAAUUGUAUUUUUUAAUAGAAAUAAACGGUUGCUCAAAUAUAUGCAUCAUUAAUUUCACAUUUGUGGUUCAUUUAUUUGGGACUUGUUAAAUUCGCUGUCCUCAACAUAAAGGCUCAGGUCGCAGCC